CGGAACCCAAGAGGGAAAGAAAACCAACUAUAUCGUUGUUUUUGUACUGAUUACUGGUGAUCUGUCCCCUCAUGGACGAAAAACGAAUAUUCAGCAGAUCUAAGCGCCAGAAACCUCCAGACGAAGGUGCAUGGGAUUGCAGUGUGUGUACUUACAAAAACUCCCCUGAAGCUUACAAGUGUGAGAUGUGUGAUGUGAGAAAGGGCACAUCAACAAGAAAACCACGAUUAAAUUCGCAAUUGGUUGCACAACAGGUUGCUCAGCAAUAUGUGCCCCCUCCCCCAAAAAAGGAGAAGCUAGAAAACGGAGCCCUGGGGGAGGGGGAAGAGGGGGAGGAAGAAGAAGAGGAGGAGGAGGAAGAAGAGGAAGAAGAAGAAGAAAGGGAAGAACAUGAGGAGGAAAGAGAGGAAGAAGCAGUGGACAGUGAUAGCACCCAGGAGGAUUACCGCUUAGAGUUACCUCCCCCUCCUAUAGAAACUACCACCCUCAGUACCAUCAACAUAAAAAAAGAAAAGAACCAUACAAAUACAGCAAAAAAGAAUACACAUCCACAAAGAUCUUCAAGACUACGGAAUAUUGACCGGAGUAGUGCACGGGAAAUUGCCGUCACUGUGGGAACUGUUACAGUAACUAUUACAGACUAUCAGCCGAAGCGUGAACGCAAAACAUCCACAGAAACUUCCAGCAAUGUGACAUUGGAUAGCUUUGACAAUUCCUCGUCAUCAUCGGGUGUGAGUAACGACCCGCGGGAGGAUGUGACAAUUAACACCAAUAACCAUCAGACCUGACCUGUGGUUAUAGUGACAUCGUUUCAUUUCUCAUUCUACACAGUGGUCAGGACCGACCACCCAAAAUAUGUGCCAUGUGGACAGGCGAUUCUUAUUGUGUUACGGACCUAAUAUUAUCAUUCAUGCUUUAAAAUGUGUGAAUUAACAGAUGGAGGAACAAUUCCUUUUAAAAAUUAAAUUUUUAAAAAGGAAAUUAUUAUCCCCGAGUAUUAUUUAACGUCUUUAGGAGUUGUGUGUGAAGAAUGUAAGUGGACAGACGCAGGACAUUCAUUAUGCUCAUGGAAAAAGUGAUAAAAUUAUAUAUAAAGUCAUGGUGUUACUUUCAUCCUGUUGAAGGCUUUACGUGAGGUUCAUUAAUUUUCACUGUCAACAUUCGGGUCAUUUCUAGAGUUUUCUUCAUCACAUAAUAAUUUUAUUGAAUAAGUUGGAUGUGAAACUGUGAAAAGACACAAGAGAGUUCUACAGCUACAUGUUUAACGUGUGGCUAGCAUGCACUGUCAGAUUUUUGUCAGUAUAUUGUGACUUUGUUCAAAGAUAACAGAUGAUAAUGUUAUUAGUAUUGAUGAGCUGGUGAGAUUAUAUAUAUGUGAAGAAUACAACUGUAAGAAAACUUG